AUGGCUGACAUCACACAACACCGAGCUUGUGAACCUUGCACAUACGCCUUGGGUUUUGAUCCAAAGUCAUACACGGACAAGGACCUAGAGUCGCUCCUCGAAGACUCGAACCUGUCUGAGGACGACUUGGAAGCUGAGGAUCCCGUUGAAGAAGGGUCGUUUGUGAUCACUCGGGUAAAACACUGCUUCGUUGAAGCCCCGACCCAAGGUGAGAACCUGCACCGAUUCAAGGUCACCACCCACGAUUGCAGGGGCCAGAUCGAGUUGCCUGCUUACUUCUGGAACCUCAACGAAGACGCGCAAGCAUGGGUGGGCGGAAUCGACGUCCUAGGCUUCGGACGCUGCAUCAUCUCAAAGGACGUGUUGGAGGUCUCGGUCGAGACCCUGCGGUUACACACGAGUUUCUUCGAAGGGUCUGAGGAGUUGAGGGACCUCCGGUGGGUCAAGACGGAUUGUGCCAAAGUGAUUGACUUUCUGAAGGACGUGUAUUCAGAUAAACUGCCAGCUCAGCAUGGGUACAUCUUCACCCUCAUGAUAAUUGCAAAGGAUCACCUACGAGAUAUGGCUCUGUGGAAGGUGUACUUUGACAGGCACGAGGACAUCAGAAAGGCAAGAGAAGCCCUUAAACCCCCCCUGCAGCAAAUGACAGAGCAUGAGGGAGCAAAUUGGAAGACACUGGAACAGAUCACAAAGAAGCGCGAGGAGCUACAGCGCCGUGUGAACAGACUCAUUCUGCCUAAACAACCUGCAGACAUUACGAUGGAGGAUCGUAUCGACCUCAUUCGGCACCUGAUCCUAUGUUUGUACGCCUAUCUACCAACCUUGCGGAACGAUUAUUCAGACGCCCCAAUCAUUUUCAUGAAGGACCACCGAUCAUCAGCGAUACGAAAGCUGAUGCAAGGCAACCACAUCAUGGAAACGGCAGAAGGACAGUUCACAUUCCACCUCAGAUACUUCAAGACGGACCGAUCGCAGGCGGAGAAAAUGUAUGCAUUUCCGCAGCGCAUGAACAAUGUAGUUGUAGACAGUCUCGUCGUAUUCCCCAGGAGGUAUCUGUUGAGUUGCAUGAAGAAGCCAGAUACCCCCAUGGGCCGCAAUUAUUAUUCGAAAUUCAUGGCGGCCAUAUGGAUGGAUGCAAACGUCGGUUCGAGCCUGAUGCGGAAGAUCUUGAUCUCAAACGAGUACAAAGAUGCACCAUCCCUAAGAGAUCGGGCUGAAAAGGCGUCAUCUUGUUUGCAUUCGGUGGCGGUUCAGCAGACCCAUUACGAGAAAAAGUACAAGCCCGAUGGGACUCCAAUAGCUUGGUAG